AAGAGAAUAUAAAUAUCUAAAAAAAAAGCAAAAGGAAAAAGAGAAAAAUGAAGAAGGACAGCGAUUCGGGUUCCGGCCAUGCUAAAGCAAACUCCUUUUUAACCCCUAAAAUUACGACUGGAUGGCCAUAAGGCCUCUGCUACAUCAAUUAGCAAUCUUCAAUCACCAUAAUUUCCCUCUGUCCCCCACCCAACUAUUGCAGAUCACCUUCCUCCAUCGAUUAGCUUCCAGCACCACUUUCUAUCGCCAAAAGCAACAGCAAGACCGUCGACCGCCGGCACACCUCCAUCGGUUGAAGCCAUUAGCUCCAUCGCCUGACACGCUGGCGCAGAAGAUCGGGAAAUCGAUUCGCCGCCCUGGCGCCCCAUCCAAGGCUAGGGUUUACUACGACGUCAAUGUCAUCCGCCCUAAGGAGUAUUGGGAUUACGAGUCCCUCACCGUCCAAUGGGGGGAGCAGGAUGAUUAUGAGGUAGUGAGGAAGGUUGGGAGGGGGAAAUAUAGUGAGGUAUUUGAGGGCGUCCACUGCACGGAUAAUGAGAAAUGCAUCAUUAAGAUUCUUAAACCUGUGAAGAAGAAGAAGAUUAAGAGGGAGAUUAAAAUACUGCAGAAUCUCUGUGGGGGGCCAAAUAUUGUGAAGCUGCUCGAUAUUGUUAGAGAUCAGCAAUCAAAGACCCCAAGUCUUAUUUUUGAGUAUGUGAAUAAUACUGAUUUUAAAGUGCUUUAUCCAACACUUUCAGACUACGACAUUCGGUAUUACAUCCAUGAACUUCUGAAGGCAUUGGAUUACUGCCACUCACAAGGUAUCAUGCAUCGUGAUGUGAAGCCCCAUAAUGUCAUGAUUGAUCAUGAGCAGAGGAAGCUUCGUCUUAUAGAUUGGGGACUAGCAGAGUUUUAUCAUCCUGGGAAAGAAUACAAUGUUCGUGUUGCUUCAAGAUACUUCAAAGGCCCUGAACUUCUUGUUGAUUUGCAAGACUAUGAUUAUUCUUUGGACUUGUGGAGCCUUGGUUGUAUGUGUGCUGGAAUGAUAUUCCGAAAAGAGCCAUUCUUCUAUGGGCAUGAUAAUUAUGAUCAGCUAGUCAAAAUAGCCAAGGUGCUUGGAACAGAUGAAUUGAAUGCUUAUUUGAAUAAGUACUGCAUAGAGUUGGAUCCUCAUCUUGCAGCCCUAGUUGGCAGGCACAGCCGGAAACCAUGGACGAAGUUUAUAAAUGUUGACAAUCAGCAUUUGGCAGUACCGGAGGCUGUUGACUUCCUUGACAAGUUGCUGCGAUAUGACCACCAAGAAAGGCCAACUGCAAAGGAAGCAAUGGCCCAUCCUUAUUUCUAUCCGAUUAGAAAUGGAGAAAGCAGCAGGGUUCGUACGUAGUUUGAAUCUCAGGAUGCUGUCAAAGGUGCAGCAUCUUUCUGUGCCUUGUAAUUGGACUUUAUUUAUAAUUACGGUGGUGAGCUUUCAUCCUACUCUUUAAUGUUUCUGUCGUCACAUAGCGUAAUUUAUAUAUCUUUUAGCAUUAAUAUUGUGAGUUUACUAUUGUGUAUGGAAAAUCACUGGCGGUUUUUAUGCUGGUUUUACUGUUUCAGUUGUAGGGGAAGUACCAAUAUGUUCAUUUUUCACUGAUAAAGAUUCAUUAGUUGAAUUAAUUUUUAUUAAA